AAAAUGAGGUGGUGGAUUUGGUGGUUUCGGGCAAGGAGGAUUUUGAUGAGCAGGAUUUGGAGGGUUUGGUGAUGGUGCAACAUUUCAAUUUGGUGGAGAUAUCAAUGAUAUUUUUGAGGUGCCUGCAGGGAUUCAUAGUGGACAAUAUCUUAAAUUUUGAGGUAAAUGACAUGCAUGACGUAAUGGUGGUCCUGCGUGAGAUUUGUAUAUCAAAAUAUAUAUUAAACCAUCUGCACAAUAUGAUAGAGAAGGAACUGAAGUCUCAGUGCCUCAUCCAGAAGGCAAAGUAUCAG